UUUCGCUCUUCAUGCUUAAAUAUUAUAUUAAAGCGAUUUUACACCGAUUACAUAAUGCAUUGAAAUAUACAAGACAGGGUAAAUCGCAAUUUAUAACCGGAUUAUAUAAUGUGUGUAUGUAUUUAGCUUUUGACUAGGUUUUGUAAAGACGAAGCUGCCAUCUGGAAGCUAUCGAAUUUAAAGACAAGAUGCAGACAGGCACUUUAAACUUCGGACUUGGUCUGUGCGUUGGUCUGAUUCUUGCGUACAUGGGAAUCACCUACUUAGCAACCCAUAAGUCCCUUGGGUUAUCAACAAGCGUAAACCACAUGGCAAACAGAGAAGACGGACCCAGGGUCGAGGUCUCAAAAGACUCGUUUCUUACUAAUGAGGAUCUUGAUAAGAUACAGAAAAUCAUCUAUCGUACACAGUUUCAGGACGCGCAUUCUCAUCAUGACGACAACAGGGAGGCAAAAAAACUGUUCAAUCAAGUACGGGUUUUAUGCUGGGUAAUGACUAGUCCCCAGAAUCUUGAGAAAAAAGCCUUUCAUGUGCGUGCCACGUGGGCUCAAAGAUGUAACAAGCUUAUAUUUAUUAGUUCAGUGACUAAUGACAGUUUUCCUACGGUCGGAAUUGAUGUUCCAGAGGGUCGCAAGCAUUUGACUGGUAAAACUAUGAAAGCAUUUAAAUAUAUGUUCGACCAUCAUUUCGACGACGCUGAUUGGUUUAUGAAAGCCGAUGACGACACAUACACUAUUUUAGAAAACUUACGUUAUUUCCUCUCGGGUCAGAUUAAAGACUCGCCAACUUAUUUCGGUCAUCAUUUUAAGGCUAAGGUUAAACAAGGGUACUUCAGCGGAGGCGCGGGGUAUAUUAUUAGCAAAGAGGCGCUAAGGAGAAUUGGUGAUCACGGAACGAACGCAUCACUGUGCCGCCAAGAUGGCGGGGCUGAGGACGUGGAGUUUGGCAAUUGUAUGCAGAACUUAGGGGUUAAAGCAGGCAACUCCACUGACCGGUUCGGACGAAGUCGAUUCCAUUGUUUUGACCCUGCUACACAUCUGAUGGGCGGCUAUCCGAAGUGGUAUUACACGUUUGAUGCACACGGAGCCCAAAGUGGUCAACAGAGCAUCUCCGACUAUGCUAUAAGCUUCCACUAUGUGCCUCCGGCCAACAUGUAUGCGCUUGAAUAUUUUAUUUACCAUUUAAGACCAUACGGUAUUCAUUUCGGAAGUCAAGAUUUAAAUCAGGAUAUGACGUAAUACAGGAAAUGACGUAGCAGUAAAAGUAUAAUAUGUUUUAUUUAAGUAAAUUUAAUCAUUAUUGUCGUGUGAAUUAGAAUUCCUGUCCUGUAGACAUUCCUGCAAUCGAAAGGGGGAGCAGUUCUUACAAAAUUACACGUGGAUCAAAAUAACAAUCAGUCAAAGGGACGGAAUAUUUUGGGGUUUUGGUAGUAUAUAGGAAACAAAUAGAUUUUGUUAUGAGGAAAAUGUGAUUUUUGUGAUCUUACAGUAAAUUACAUAUUGUUGUGAACCAAACAAAGGUGACUGCUCGAGUAGACUUCCACACUUGUGUAGACAUUCCAUAUCAUAUGACAAAUCAGUUAGUGAUUUACUAUCAUUGCAUUGGGGAAAUAAUAAAAGUUGUUAUUCUUCCUCGUUACUUUGCCUGUUUUUA